GUUAUAAUAGAUUGGUCCCCUGCAUAAUUAAAGUUUUGGACAGAGCUCACAAGAGCGGACAACCAGCAUAAAUGGUUGUCAUAUUUUAGUAAAUAUUUUACACUUUUAAUUUACAUACAUACCAAGUGAAAAUUGAGAGCUGUAUCACAACCCUAUGGAGACUGAUAGUGAGUAUUAGGGGCAACAGAAACAAGAAUGGGAGGACGUUGUGGUUUUAAGGUCAUUGUGCGCCUGAUCCAUACCAUAUUGUGUAUAGCCAUUCUCUCAACUUUGCUAUGGAAAGAAACUGGUUUAAGAUGGGCUUUAGUAAAGGGGAAUGACCUUGUGUAUGGAUCAGUGUUCCUGUGUUUAUUUGUGAUUUCACUGAUAAUGUACUAUGUUGUAUGCCUUACCGAUCCUGGAUAUAUAUACACCUAUCGUUUUAAAAAGAGAUGUGGACAAGUGAAUGUUGAAGCUGAGAUAUCUGAGGAGGAGAUGGAGUGUGGAGGCAGUGAUUGUAACAUUCCUCUAACAGAACUUUCUAAACCCUUAGAUAAAAGAAAUAGAUAUAAAUACAGGUUCUGUGAUUACUGUGAAAUACAGCCACCUUUACGUAGCAAACAUUGUGAGGAUUGUCAGAUGUGUGUACGCAAGUAUGACCACCAUUGUCCCUGGUUAGAGACAUGUGUUGGAGAGAGAAAUCACAGAUAUUUCUGGUGGUUCCUGUUUACUACAGCAUUACUUAUUACCUGGACUUUAGUUAUUAUCUGGGAUAGUUUAGUAACAGAGAACACUUGGACAGACUGGUUCCAUACAAACAUUGUACUUUUCUUAGACAUGCUAGUUUUAGUAUUAGGUGGCUUGGUGGUGACAGGCCUUUUUGUCUUCCAUACAUAUCUAAUGACUAAUGGACUCACAACAUGGGAGACAGCAUCAAGGGAGAGCAUUACUUAUUUAAAAUAUCUUGAUGAUGAGUAUAACCCCUUUGAUCAAGGUUGUUGUAGGAAUAUUUACUCUUUUAUGUGUGUAAGUGAUAUUCAGAAGUGGGAAACAUUAUAUGCAAAACGUGCCAGACUAAAAGAUGGCGAUGAUUAAUUGCAGAAUGACAGUUGUAUAUUUUAUACAGCCUCAAGAUGGAUCUGUGCAAUGAUUGUUAUACCUUGUUAAGAUUGUUAAUUUAUCAUUCAUAUAUUCAUCAUCAUAUUAAUUAUGUUGUUGUUGCUCAUUCUAUGCAAAUAGUAUAAACAAAAGUUAGUGUAAAAUGAAUAGGUUUAUUAAAAGUUAUAUUGUAAAAUAUACAAGUUGCUUAUUUAUCAUUAAUGGUAAAUUUUACUUAUGAUUUCUGUAUGAUUAUUUUGUCUAUACAAAAACAGGAAAUAUUUCAAAAGUUUAUUUUAUCCAGUAAGAGAAAGGACAAAAACCUUUCGAUUAUUGUAUGCAGAUUUUCUAGUGUGACUGUGAUAUCACAAGGCUGUUAUUUUUUCAUGGCAUGUGUCACAACUUUGUUAAAAAACAACAACAAAAAACACACAAAAAAGAAGAAAAAAAAAAUUUACUAUUGUAUAACAAGAUACAUUUAAUAGUUAAAUUCAUUUGCAUUCUUUUUCUGAUAGUCCAGCUUGUUGAACAUUGUGAUAAGUAAAUUUAGGGAUUGUAAAUCAAUGGAAUUGUCAGAAUAAUGUUCAGGCCAUAAUAAAUUGUUAUCUGGUAGUUGGUCAUAUCAUACCAAAACAAUAAGUGGAGAAAUAACAAAGAUGAGAAUUUGUUAUCAUGGAAUAAAUGUAAAUGUGUAGCAUUUGUGAACAUUAGUAUACAUAUACAAAUCUUUAGUCUAGAAAGUUAUGUGAAAUAGCAAUAAAAAUGUUGAGACAAGCUAUUGUCUUUAUCUUAAUAGCAGUGAUGAGAUUAGCUAUUAAUUUUAGCCAAUAAUCUUUGCAUAAUUUUUAAUUUAUAAGUUCAUAAAUAAUUGUUAAAAUGCAUUGAUUACUGAAUUACUGAUUAUUGAAUGCAAAUAUCUGUAAUGGCUUUAUUAAAUCUGUGUGCCAGGUAACUAAAUAUUGUUAAUCAGUUACUAGAAUUACUGCUAUUUAUCUUAUGACUAUUCUACAUGUAUGCCAAUAGAAAGAAAUUUACUGGUAAUGAGAAUUUGUUAACAAUCUUUAUAGCUAUUCAAUAGGCCUGGAGUCCUAGAAUAUAGCAUACAUUUGGCCACAUUGAAAAGAAAGGCAAUUGAAAGGCAUCAAAUUGAAUAUAGUAACUUAUAUGCACACCUUCACACAGUGAUGGUCUUUAAAUGGAAGUUAAAAAAAAUACAAUAUGUUUAUCACAUUUCAUAAUUAUGAUGUGUUCAUUGAAAACAAACACUGCUCUAAAAAUUUGAUAAAACUUCUUAAGAAAAUUAUCAAUGUUUAUGUAAAUGUCCAUUUGACUAUACACCAAACAGAAUGCAACAUUUAAGCCAAAAUAAUAGCUUUGUCAAAAAAAAAAUGAAUCUAUGCAUACUGCUGGGUAAGUUGUUUGAUACUGGGACUUAUAUAUCUUAAGUCCCAGGUUGAUUGUAGAGAAAGUGUGUAUGCUGCCAGAUUUCUCAGAUAGAGUGAUAGGUUUUACCACGGAUUUAUAUUAAGAUCCAUGGUUUUAUAAAGAUUUUAAGUUAGGAUUCCUGUCAGACUGCAACCUGGUGACAAAAAGAACAAAAUUUAAACAGAACGCUGGUUUAUCUGAUUAUUUCUGGCUGUUUCAUAAAGCAAGAAAGUAUUUAGUGGCGUUCAACCUUAAGACGGAAAAGACGACAGCGUAUACGCUUUCAUUAGUAAUAUUAUUAGUGUUACCCUUCCGAGAUCAACAACAAUGGCGGAUUAUGAGAACGUUUGUCGGGGUUCUUUGAAGUUAAAAGGUGUUUCUGAUCAUAAGAUUAAAAA